CCCUAAGAGCUGGGAUGACAGGCGUGAGCCACAGCGCCAGCAGGAGGUAGCACCUUUGAAGAUUCCACUGACCACCUGACCACAGCUAGCCAGGGGCCUGGUAUCGGGGACGCCACCUGAGCAAGCCAUCCCGGAUGGCCUGGCCUCCAACAACUCAGGGAUAACAUGGGCUUCAGGAGGAACCCUCUGGUCCAGCUGCCCCACCCAGCCGCCCUUAUGAGCUCCAAGUCCCUCUCCAAGCCUUUGCCAAACUCCCCAAACCCUCUGCUCUCCUCCUUUUCCCACCCCGAUUCCCCACCUUCCUCAUCUCCACCAUCCACCCAGGAGGCAUCUGCCGCUGGUAACAUGGCUGUAGGAUCCCCCUUGGUUCAAGAGGUGGGCUCCCAGAAAGACCCUGGGAAGUCCCCCCAGGAGUCUGGCCAGGGGAACCCAUUUAUGCUGUUCCUCUGCCUGGCCAUCCUGCUGGAACACCACGACCACAUCCUGCUCAAUGGGCUGGAUGACAAUGAGCUGGCCACGUGCUUAGACAGCUUUGUGCCAAAACACCACCUGGGGCAUGUCCUGUGCUGUGCCGGGGCUCUCUUUGCUGAUUACCUGCAGUCCGAGGUGAGGGACUCAGAGGAGGGGUUGAGGCUACAGCCGCAUCGUGAUCAGGCCCACCAUCAGCCACACCAGAUCUCCAUUCUGUGCCACGAGGGCCAACACAUGAGAACCCCCCUCCCUGCAUGCCAUCCCUAGACCUGUUGGAGCAUAGAGCCCUUCCUCCCCCAGGCCUAAGUAUGUGGGGCUGUGC